GCCACAGACGCGUUCCAACUCGCGUUCACCCAACGUUCACCGCAGUUGCCAGUGGCUCGCUCUCAGUGUCUCGCCGCCUACGCGUACGAAUAUUCACGAAUACUGCAGGACUUACGAAUGGCACCCCGCGUUGCUCCGAAAAUCAGAAUACGACCGCCCGGACGGCCACCUGCAGCAUCCACUUCGCAUGAAGCGCCUAUCGAAGAGGAGGAGGUCGUUAUCACGGACGCGGAGGAGCCUGCUGCAGAUGACGAACAUGGAGACGAUGCAGCGACACCACAAGUGGAGGACGAUAUGGACGUAGACGUGGAGGUCGAGACAGCGGGCGGUGGCGAGUACGGCAGCGUCGCUGACCCCGAAGAAGGCGAAGGGGCGGAGGACGGUGAGGAGGCGACACCUCUCAAGCGAGGGAGAGGGAGGCCGAAGGGGAGCAGGAACAAGGCACCGGGGACGAGCACACCGAGGGCCAAAGCAAAGGUUCGAGGACGGGGCAAAGGCAGCCGCGGCAUCACAAUCAAGCUGCCGAGACGGACAGGCGAGGAAGUCGAGCAGGGUGAGGAGAGCGUUGCGGUGGAAACAGGUACCCCUACGCCCGUGGAAGACGCGCCAGCCGUGGGUGUAGACGAAGGUCCCGUGGGCGGCGGGAAGCCUUUCCGACUGAUCAAUGGACAAGUCUACAUCAUCGAGAACGACGAGUAUGUCACCGAGGACGACCCGAAGGGCGACACCAAGAUCGACCAGUAUGGUAACCUGCUCGGCGAUCGCAAGUUCAAAGCGCAGACGUUCCAGCUGCCUAACCGACAUCCAGACCGAAUGUACAUGCUCGCGAUCGACGCUGCGCGCACGUCUGGCUUCCGCGACUCGUUGUACUACUUCAGGCGAAACCCACUCGCUAUGAAGCUGGGCGCGACGCAGGCGGAGAAAGAGUACCUCAUCGAAGUGGGCAAGCUCGGUUCACAUUUGCGCACUCGCAGCGUGACAAUGAUCACCGCGCGCAGUGCAUACAAACUGCACGGCGCUAGAACUAUACAACAGGGGAAGUGGGUGAUCGACGACUACUAUGAAGACAAAGCGCUAGCAGAGUGCACCGCCAAGGGACUGAAGCCCGGAGAUCCGGUCGACGAACCCCAGGACACCGCCGCAACUGCCCCGGAGCCCACUGCAGCAAAAGCGGACCGCAUGGGUAGCGGCAUGGGGUUGUACCGCGCUGGCGGCCCGACGACGAUCUUCGGUGGCUCAGGUUGGGGGCCGUAUAGCGACGGCCCGUUGAACGCAGUACGGAAGAGUCUCCUUACUCGGGAUGGCUUGAACGAGGAGAAUUGGACGUACGUCGCAGCGCAGAGGGCAGCCGACAUGAGCCGGGAGUGGGCGGACCUGCGCGCGGAGGGCAUGAAGGUAUGCGGAGGGAUACUGGAGGGCUCUGCGAGUCAGGAUCAGGCAGAGACGAAAGCCAAGGAGAGGGGGGCUGCGAAGAGACGGAAGGUAUGGGGCGAGGACGAGCCAAUGCCUCUGGGCGUGUACGAGCCGCACUCGGGAGUCGUCCUCUACCGGUCGGACACGCAGCCUACACGAGCACGCUGGGAGUCUGUGGACGAUAAACAGCCUGUAUUGGGCGGAACUAAAGCUGGCAGCCAGGCUUGGGGCCUUGCAUGGGUCGACACCUGCAUGGAAGCGCCAUCGCCCGAAGAACUCGAUGAGGAGGGCGCAAAACUUCGCGCACCGUUCGUACAGUACGCCGUCCAGCCUCCGUAGCGAUAUCGCCGGAGAUUGUGCUUUCAAGUUGUGUCAUAGUAGAUUUCUUCUUGACUUCUUGAGGCAUCCCCGUCAGUGUCGCCGGAGUAGCUGGUGAUGUGGCUUCGUACCGCGUCCCUCGGGGUGGUUUGCGUUCUGACAAAACCAUAUAGACACUAGAUCCGAACAGAAAGCGAACAGCGUGUAAGUCGAGAUGUACACGAGGUCCUCAUGUUUGAUGAUUCGCAAGGUAACCUUCUCUCGCUUCACCUGCUCUUUGUCGAGC